GGGCAUUUUUUUGACACACAAUUGCCUGUUGCUCUUGCUGACAUUACCGCCAGCGUUCUUCCACCUCCACCUCCGCGCUAUACCAUCCCUGUCGCUUACGCGGCGGGGGCGGCAAAUGGUAUGGCGGUUCCUGUUGUUGAAACAAAUAAUACAAUCACUCACCCGGAGCGUGGGUGUCCAUUGCAAGUAGGAGAGGGUACAUAUACCCUUGAAGAUGAUCUCCUUCUCGCAACUCCACCUCCUCAUCCCUCUGAGGCGCCGAUCGUCAACCCGAAUCCUCUCGCGACAGUGCCAACACCUCCGACCUGUGGCGUGAAACUGUCACUGGUCAGCCUCGAUCCCCGAAAGAAGCCCCCGACCUUCUUGAAAUCUGCCACAACGGUACCACAAUUUGGAGAUGGGAACUCGGCACUUGCUGCGCCACCGGUCACGGCCAAAGAUGCGUCGAAAAGAAGAAAGCCCAAAAACAAUAUCAUCAAAAGCAGCUCUUCCUUCGUCUCGAGAGUUAUCACGCACGAGACAUCUGCCAAGCGCCUCAGCGACCGCGACAUCAACGGUAUAUUUGCUUUUGCGAAUAUCAACCGAGCCUUCCAGUGGCUUGACCUCAGUUCGCCCACGAAGGAGGAACAUCUUACUAAAGUGCUCUUCACCAAAGCCCACAUGCUUUGUCACGACAUCAAUGAGCUGACCAAGACCACUUCCCACUUGGACAUUGUGAUGGGUUCUUCCGCAGGCGACAUCAUCUGGUAUGAGCCCAUGUCGCAGAAGUACGCUCGGAUCAAUAAAAAUGGCGUGAUCAACAAUUCCCCGGUGACACAUAUCAAAUGGCUUCCGGGCUCUGAGAGCCUAUUCUUGGCAUCACACGCCAACGGCGUGCUGGUUGUGUAUGACAAGGAGAAGGAAGACGCACUUUUCACCGCUGAGGCAAACAGCCACUAUGAGCAGGAACCCGGGCGGUUGCCUUUGGAUAUCCUCAAGUCCGUAAACUCUAAGAACCAAAAGACCAACCCAGUAUCAUUUUGGAAAUUGGCAAACCAGAAAGUUUCGAGUUUUUCCUUUUCUCCGGACCAAAGACAUUUGGCCGUGGUCCUUGAGGAUGGAUCACUGCGUUUAAUGGAUUAUUUGAAAGAGGAGGUCCUGGAUAUCUUCCGCAGUUACUAUGGUGGGCUAAUCUGCGUCUGCUGGUCGCCAGAUGGCAAAUACAUCGUGACCGGCGGCCAAGAUGAUCUAUUGACAAUCUGGUCAUUCCCCGAGCGCAAGAUUGUUGCUAGGUGUCAAGGCCACAACUCCUGGGUGUCGCACGUGGCAUUCGACCCGUGGCGCUGUGACCAGAAAACAUAUCGGUUCGGCAGUGUCGGCGAUGACUGCCGUCUUCUCUUAUGGGAUUUCAGCGUUGGCAUGCUCCAUCGUCCCCGAGCGCACCAUGCUUCAACUCGCAACCGGUCCAGCAUCGUGCUGUCACAGACUGCCAGCCGCCAUCGAGCAGAUAGCGGCGACAACCGUGUGCGCUCGGACUCGAAUGGAACAGAGAAGUAUGAGGAUAUUGAUCAGACCGCCAGCCACCCUGUGGAACCUCGGUCACGAACAGCCAUGUUGCCCCCGAUCAUGUCUAAAAUCGUCGGCGAAGAUCCUAUUUGUUGGCUUGGCUUCCAGAAAGACUGUAUUAUGACUUCCUCUCUUGAAGGCCACAUUCGGACUUGGGAUCGCCCCAACGAAAGCAUCGGUAAGUCUUAA